GCUACGCAUUUUGUCCUCUUGGUAAUCUGCAUUGCUUCGUUCGGUCUAAACCGUAGUUGGGCGAUCACAUACGACGUAACAAAAUUCGGCGCUGUCGGUAACGGCAGUACCGAUGACUCACAGGCAUUUCUACAAGCAUGGAAAGCAGCAUGUGGAGAUAAGAGUGGAGGCACCCCAACCUUCACGGUGCCGAAUGGAAAGACAUUCUUCUUGAACUCUCUGGCUUUCCAGGGCCCUUGUCAAUCUCAAACUAUCCAAGUACAGAUUUUGGGGUCUCUUGUGGCACCCAGCCAAAAGAGUCAAUGGUCAAACUGCCUAGGCAACAGUUGGAUAUCUUUCCAAGGAAUAAAUAGUCUCAAUGUAAAUGGAAAUGGAUUGAUAGAUGCCAAAGGUGAAUCCUGGUGGCACCGAGUCACCCCCACAGAGGAGGACAACCCCAGUCCUCCACGUGGCGUCUGCGAUCGACCGACGAAUAAUCUACCCUCGAAAGCCAUGAAAUUUGCAAAUUGCAAUGGGCUUCUACUGAGCGGAUUGAAUAUUCAAAAUAGUCCAAGGAACCAUAUCAGUAUAGACCAGUGUGACGGUGCACAAAUCUCCGCCCUCACCAUAAAUUCGCCUGCAAACAGCCCUAACACUGACGGAAUUGACAUGUAUAGGUCAAAACAUGUUUCUAUUACAAAUUCCAACUUUCAAUGUGGUGAUGAUUGCAUUGCUGUCAACACCGGGUGCUCAGACGUUAACAUUACAGGUGUUUCAUGCGGGCCUGGCCAUGGUAUAAGGUGGAGAACGAAUGUGGGAAGUCUAGGAAGAGGUGGAAGCUCCGCUCAAGUGGAAUUUAUACGCGUGCAACAGUGUAACUUCACAAACUCAUUGAAUGGUGCAAGGAUAAAAACAUGGCCGGGAGGGACUGGGUUUGCGAAGAACAUCUUCUUCGACCAAAUCUCCGUCAACGCGGCCACUCAUCCCAUUGUCAUUGACCAACAUUACUGCAACGGCCGAUCGUUUUGUCCAGAGCAGACGAAAGCUGUACAAGUGAGUAGCGUGUUCUUCACAAAUGUACGAGGAACAUCAGGUGGAAAAGAAGCAAUUAAGUUGGAUUGCAGCAAAAACGUGCCCUGUCAGGACAUUCAUCUACAAAAUGUUAGCUUAACCUCGUCAACCCCAGGAGGAAGUGUUUUUGCUACAUGCCAUAAUGCCAAGGGACAAUUCAGUUCUAUACCUCCGGUCACUUGCACAUGA